GUUUGAAGUGAAUAAAUAACACGGAUGUAAAUGUCAACGGACUACAAGAACCGACGGUGCCCCCGAACGGAGGCAGGGGAGCGUAAACACAACUCCAGGAACAUGAAAAGAUCGGGUGACAGUGAGGGGGAGAAGAGAAGAAAGAAGAGGAAGUUACUGCAGGAGUUGGGAGACCAAAAGAUCCCCUUUUUAGGACCUUCUGAUCAGGGCUUUCAGAAACUGUGGGAUUCCAGCUACUCCGGUCUGGUUUUGAGAAGAUCCUGCUCUCUUCCCACUGAGCUCCACUGUAGAGUCCAGGGUGCUCUCCUCACCCUGAGAAAGAAAGGCUGCCUCUUAAGGGAUCUGGUCCGUGUCCGAGACCGGGACGUCUUCACCUCUGUGUCGCGAGCCCUCUUGGGCGAGCCGGGUCACACAUACAGCUACCUGGACACCAGGCUCUUCGCCAUCCCCUGGCACAGCGAGGACACUGAGAAUAAAGGACAGAACUGCUGCGACGCUGAUCUGAGAGCGGCCUGUAAGGCCUUGUGGGAGCUCAACACCUUCUUCUGUUCGGAUGUGAGCGAGCUGAAAGAAGGAGACAGGCUGACGCAAUGUGCAAAGGCGAAGACGGCAACGCCGGUGGAGGCCAAGGUGAGUGAGGAGGCUGAGACAGAGUCCAGAAAUAGCGAAGACUCCAAGAACAGCGAAGGAGGGGAGUCGGAGUCCAGGCAGAGCGAGGAGGGGGACACGGAGUCCAAGCACAGCGAGGAAUGGGAUGUGGAGUCCAAACACAGCGAAGAAGGUUGCUCCGGGUCGAAAAGGGAAGGCCAGUGGGAGACGGGGUCCAGACACAGCAGCGAGGAGGGAGAAUCCUCACGGAGCAAAGAAGGGGGUCUGGAAGGAACAUGUCCCACCUGGGCACCCAAGAGUGUACCGCCGAUAGAGGUCCCUGUGGCACACCUCAAGCACAGUCUGUCGGGUUACCACAUUGAGGACAAGGAGGAGGAGCAAGUGGGCUGCUCUGAGCCCAGUCCUCCUCAGGUAUGCACGGCAUCGGCCAAUUUCAAUGUCACCUUACUCAAUUAUAUGGACCCGGCAUCCAUGAGCCAGCUCAAAGAGGAGCCCUACUAUGGCAUGGGGAAAAUGGCCGUGGGGUGGCACCACGAUGAAAACCUGAUCAGUCGCUCGCCCGUGGCUGUCUACAGCUACAGCUGCCAUGACGACAAAGGCGGGAGCAGCGAAGGCGGCGGAGGCGACAAGGCGAGCUGGAGGAUCGGUCUGAAGGUAGCCUGGGACAUCCACACACCUGGGCUGACGCUGCCCCUGGAGUCUGGAGACUGCUAUUAUUUGAGAGAUGACCUGAACAGCACCCAUCAGCACUGCGUCCUGGCGGGAGACGCCCCACGCUUUAGCUCCACACACAGAGUGGCCGAGUGUUCCACUGGGACUCUGACCUAUAUCCAGUCUCGGUGCCGAGAGGCCCUGUCCAACCUGCACACAGACCCGGAGACCGGCUCCCACAGCCUGGUGACCUUGCGGCCGGCCACCCUGCAGCACUGUGAGGAGAUUCACAAUGAGGUAGAGUUCGAGUGGCUGCGACAGUACUGGUUUCAGGGCCAACGCUACACGCGCUUCUGCAGCUGGUGGAGCAAACCCAUGGAUGAGAUGGAGAAGGACUGGAAGCUCAUGGAGACCAUGACUAUGCUGUUCUUGGCGAAAGUGGAGGAGGAAGGACAGAGCGGGGAUGGCAGGAGAGACAUGGCAGAGACUCUACUGGCCGCUUUGAUAGACAGACACCAGCAAAGACAGACAUGGAGAGACAGGUGCCACUCCAGCCUGGCCCAGACGUUGCCCCCCGAGGAGGCCCCGGUGGACCGGCCCUUCUGGGGCGUGGACGACCCCGACAUGCCGCUGCCCUUUGAUCUGGCUGACAUCAUCAACAGAGUGGAGUCGCUGCUGUGGAGGAUGUAGAGGACACCCAUAUGAAGGACGACAAAGAAACACACCAGCUUUUCCGAACGACCCCGACGAGCGCCGACGGGGGACGCAUUGCCGACGACAAAUCCGAGAAGAAUUUUUUGAUCGCUUCAUCUCUCCAUCUCGACAGAUCGGCCACAAUAUAACACCCCCCGAUAGCGCUUUAGUGACACGCUAACAACGCCAGCUUAGCAUCGAGCUACCAGUGUAAGCACAUUUCAGUGUGUAGCUAUUUAUUACCGUUAUCAUUAAUCUCAUAUAACCUAGCUUUGAUCUCGUCAGUAUCCACACUAUAUGCUUUCGAUACGUCGUCACAGUGUUAUAGCAAAAUCUGUGUAGAGCGACUCCUGUUUGUUUCCGAGACUGACCAAAGAAGGAAUCCAGCGAAGAAGUUGGGAAUGUAAUGGGGAAGUUCGGACCACUGAAAAGUGAAUUUCAGUCGGACUCAGACCAAAGAAGGAAUCCAGUAUUUCCACUGGUGAGAACAAGCCUGCAAGACAACCGGUUGUUUUUGGAGAUCCGCCAUCACUAGCCACGUUUACAUGAGUUUUUCUCUUUCCGAAUGGAAUUUUUCCGAAUUACCUUUCCGAAAACAAUGGUAUACAUGGAAAGGAACAUUCCAAUCGGCGCUAUAAUCAACCAGAAUAGUCAAUGAGGCAUGCGCAGUAAAACGUAAACACCAACAUCCCGUGAUAUCGACUUCCUCGAGUUUUUCUUUCACUUGUUGGAAUUCCGAAUUGCCAGUUUUUCGUUCAAAAAUAAAGUUCAAUCUUGCUAAUAUUUUAUAAUUAAGCUCGGCACAUGUUUUAUAUAGAUAUAUAUUUUCUUUUUUUAAUAAAACUGGACUUGUGAAUGGUGUAUAGUGGCGGUAAUGCACACGAAAGCUGUUUGCCAACCACCAAUAAACAACAGAAGAAGAAAAACACCACGAAGAAGAACGCACCCUGACAACUUUCCGAUUGAGCGGUUACAAGAGACUUCAAUCGGAUUGCGGAAAAAAAAUAUUCCACCCCGGGAAUCCGAUUCUAUAUUCAUUCGGAUUGGCACUUUUCUUUCGGAAUGAGGUGUAUACAAAGGUUACAUUCUUUCCGUUUGCGCAAAUAACCCGAAUGGAAUUGGAAUAUUUAGGUCCAUGUAAACGUGGCUACUAUUUGCUCUGAAGCGAAUACUUUAACGAUUUUGGGUGACAUCUCGUUAUGUUCUGGUCAGCACUCUACCGGUCACAACUGUCAUAUCUUUAACAUUUUCUUAAGGUCAAAGCAAGAUUUCUAAUAAUUUUCAAUGACAUCAGUCUCACCCAACUAUUGAUUCUGAAUAGGAUUUAACACCCAACCGCCAGGAAAACUAAAUAAAUCUAAUAGCUGCAUGAAUUCUAGUCAGAACUCAACCUUAAACCUUCGUAUUAGAGUCUAAAGCACAAAGAACUGUCAUGAUUUUGUCGACUAUUACUAUUGAUUUUGAAUAGAAUCUAACCCACAGAAACCAAAACCUGAAGGCAGAGUUAAAUAAGGGCAGCUCCUCUCCUCCACGUAUGAUUUCUUUAUCGAUAAUCAUAAAAUAGAGAUGUUGUCAUUUUAAACUAAAAAAAAUCCUGAUUGCACUCCUGUUUUGAUUUGUUUUUUUUCUGAAGUUUUUAUGUUUCUGCUGUUGCUGCCAAACUUCUUCUUCUCGCUUCCUCUUUCGCUGUUGUUGUCACAGAGUUUUGUUUGUAGAUUGGCACUUAGCGCAUCACUGUGUGCUGUCCCUUCCUUCGCCACAGCUUUGUCCGGAAUGGCAGAAAAUAAACUUAAACAGUGUUUUAUCCCA